AGUGAGCGGUCGUUUGUGAAGUGAGACUGCGCAUUCCAGUUCCUGGUCUUGUUUAUCUUUUUUUCUAAGAAACGAAUCUUGCGACUUAUUUUCUUGAAUUAAGAAAGAAUUGAGAGAUUUUUUGGACACUUCACGACUGUAACGACUCUCCAUUGUACGACUUUUGUGAUUGAUAGGUUCAUCUGGUUGCACUACCGUUGACUCUACUCCAACCUCUUGACUCGGAAUUCAACUCUACUCUACUCUACUCUACUCUAUCACAACAGAAAUCUUGAACUGGAUUGAAACAUCUCUCUUGAAUCCAUUGUUCGCAACAAAGACAAUCUCAACUUGUUGCAACACUACGACCCAAAGUCUCACCAUACACAACAUCAACCUCUCUCACCGAUCGACCCACUUACGACCGCCAACAUGAAGAAGAACGAUGUUAUCGCCAUCAUCAUUAUCAUUCUCUUCAUUAUCCUAGCAGCCGUGUCCUUCGGUAUCUGGAAGCUCGUCUCUAUGGCCAAGAACCACAUGAGCGUGACGGGCAGCGGCACAUCAAGCAGCCACUCCAGCCGUGACAUUGCCGACUAGUCCCAUCGCCUCCCACGCUUGAUACCCAGUGGUGGUUCUUUUUCCUUGUCUAUACUUUUGAGCACAGCGGUUUCGUGGUUAUUUGCUGCCACUUGUUUUGGAUACAACAUAAAAUCAUGGUGGAAUGUGGGCGGGUCGGUAAUAUCUGGAUGGUUGAUUUAUGAAUCACUCAUGUUUGGGUCACGGCGCAAUAUCAUGGCGACAUUGAAUGGGUUACGUGUUUUUGGAAUAUGUUUAUGACCUCUUUGCCAUAUGGGCAAUGCAUUUUGUAUGGAAGAUAGACUACGUUUAUGAUUAGGAGGCCUAGUAUGGCAUGUGGAUGAAACAACACAUAUGUAUCACUUACAAAAACUAUCGGUUGUGCCGUUUUCCAGAGCCUUCAGUCAUAAAUCACUCUGAACGUCAACGCAAAACAUUGCUCUUUGAAUCAUCACAUACUGGUCCUGAUUAACAACACCUUAUGGUUUAUUCAGACCUGGCUUGUCGUGAUAACAGUG